GCGGAAGCGCCGCAGGAGUCCUCUGGAUCACGUGGCCAGGGCUCCUUUCGCUUCCCCGGCCUCUUCUCGGCGUACUUAAAAGAGGGGGCGGGGAGAAUGGAACGGGGAAGCGCGCGCGCCUCUCUCUCUCGUGACAGUCCAGCCCGGCUCGCCUCUCCCCCUCCGCGCUCCAGCUCCGCUGCAAGGAUGGCGCGCGCCGCCGCCGCUGCUGCUGCUUCUGCCUGGACUCUCCGUUUCCUGCUUUUGUCGUCGGCCCUCGCUUUGGCCUCCGCCACCUCCGCCCGGGCGCGGAAGCCCAAUGUGGUGCUGAUCCUGACCGACGACCAGGACACCUAUCUGGGCGGAAUGGUAACGCCGCGCCUCCCUUGGGAAGUGGUGGGCGGAGGCGGGGGAGGGGGGGUGUUUCUGGAUUGGGGGCCUGCGCACGCGGAAAAGAGAGAGGGGUUUCUGCAAUGGGAGAGAAGAGGCCGAAGAGCCGAGACCUGGGAGGGAAAUGGCCACGGCAGCCUUUGGAGAAGAAGGAGGCUUGCCCUUCUCCCAACCCUCGACGUAGCGUACGUGCCUGGAGGGGAGCCUGCUUAUUUCCGAGGUGCCAGACGAGCCAACUCCUAGGGAGCUGAGGCCCCUUCGCCCCCCCCAAAUAAAAUAUAACCGGGGGCCGGGCCCCUCCAAAGUUGAUGGGCAUUGCCAUUCAAGUGGUGUGCAUACACUGCAUCAUGUGAUCGGUUGUGUAGGGCGGGGCUUACCUGGGGUCUUACCCCACCCCCCAAAAAAUAUUUUUUCAACCUCUUGGUGCCACCCAGUGCCUGAUUUAUGUAUAAGCUAAACAAGCUAUAGCUUAGGACCUCACUCUCUUGGGGAGAGUGGACCUAUUAGGUCCAUAAAUUACCAUAUAGCAUAUAUUCAACACAAAAAACAGCAACAAUUCUUUGUUGACAAAGGACAGCUGGACAUAUAGAGGGCCACAUUAGCUUCAGUAGCUUAGGGCCUCAUCAAACCUAAAUCUGGCCUUGGUGCCAUCCGAUUAGAAGCCAGGCUAAGGCUGCGAUCCUGUGCACACUUCGGCAGGCGUGAACUCCAGGGAACAAAUUGAGUCAUAGGAUUGCAUUGGCAAGGCUGGAAUGCCCAAGGAGCGGUUUGAAUCCACUGGGGUGGAGGGUUAAGUGAGGCGUGAAGGCCAAUAUAGCUUGGCUUUCUUGUGCUUGUAAAGAGAAGAAGCCCCCCUAUUUUGUAAUGGGGAAGUGUGCCAGAAAGGCCCUUGGGUGUGAAGUAGUUCAGGAAAGGGCUGUUGCGUCUUUUGGCUCCAGAACUGGGGAGAAUUGGUUGUGUGCAUCUGAUACGUGGUGCAGGGUGGUCAACCUUUGGUUUCCCCUCCCACAAAUGCCGAGAAAGAGGGGGCAUGUGGUGGUUUACUAGAAGUUAAUGUUGGGUGUGGCAGUGGAAGUACACAACUGGAUCAUCUCCAUCGGAGAAUCAACAUGUUCAAGUUUUGCCUGCACAUUCCUUAUGGUCAGGUUGUGUAAACUGACCUUUCUCUAUGCCAAUUAAGCUAAUGCAUUUAUCAUAGGUUGCAUAAGAACACAUUGCGAGCCUAUUCAGUGAAACAGAAUUUUGUACAUUUGAGAAAUGAUCUGGGGUUUGUUUGUUUGUUUGUUUGUUUCCAAUUAUAGAAAUGUGUUGAACAGGUUACAACAGCAUAUCACUUCCAUUAGUGAAAUAGCACUGGGUGUAGGAAUGUUCUUCCUUGUUAGAAGGAUUCAGCAAGAACCUGAAGCAAUACACUCCUUGGCCUUUUCUACAUGGGCAAAGCUAACUUUUGGUUAGACUAGGCCUCAAAAAUGGCCAUGGCUGUUUUCUUCUUCUGAUCCUUCUUCCAUCAGACCAGUGGGCACAUUUUGGCUUUUAAGACAGUGCUGUGGGUGCCAGUCACAAAAGGGCUGCCAUGUGGCUGUGGCAUAGCAAAAUUUCUGCUGUUGGUCGGGGGGCGGGGGCGGGCAAAGCAUAACUCAAAAUAGAGGUGGGGCCAUUUCUGCUUCUCCUCCCCUCAGACAACCUCAUACUUGCUUCAGGAAGUCACCUGUGUCCUGCUGGUUGUGAUUGAUUUCUCUCUCGCAACACUCACAAUAAUGCUCUUGCUAUCUAAUAACAUGGACCAAUCCCCAGGUUCAGAAAAAAUACACAAGAUGGCCGCACCACUGUCUCUACUGCAUACUCACUGCACACAUACAGCCCGCAAACACUUACAUCUCUCACACAGACUCAUGUACUUCACAACCACAAACUUCUAAAUUUUUGCCCACAUGAAUUGCUCUCUUAGAGAGACACAGAGCAUACAUGAGCACACCCACAUUCGGAAAAGGCCCUUCACAGGUGGGCCAUUUACAAUUAAAAACAAACGAAGCUGCACACACACACGAGGGCCACAAACCUGGCAUCCACAGGCAAUCCCUUCAGAAUAAGAGGGAGAGUAUCUAUGAGCUAUGGAACCAUGUGCUAGUAGAAGUAAUUGCUGGAUUCUAGAAUGAAGGGGCGGGGGCUUUUUAAAGAACAGAUAAGACAUUUAAGUUCCUUCUCACUUUCCAGCACCAACAAACUUGCUCAUCACCUGCUCUCGGAAGGUUGUGGCCUCUCCUUCCUUGGAGGUUUUUUAAGCAGAGGUUGGGUGGCCAUCUGUCAUGGAUGCUUUAGCUGAGAUUCCUACAUUGCAGGGGGUUGGACUAGAUGACCCUUGGGUCCCUUCUAACUCAACAGUUCUGUGAUUCUAUGGCCAUCUGUGGUGCUUUGUUUUGCUUCGUUUGGGGAAAGAAUACUGUUGAGGUUAUUUAAUUUGUUUGUUUUUAUAUUUUUUAUGCAUUGUUGUAAGUAGCCUUGGCUAUUUGGACAGAGAAGUGUUUAGUAAAUAAGGUACAGUAUUGCUUAUACUGUAUUUAGCAAUAAGUGCUGGUUUCCCUUUUAAGUUGCAAGCCUGAAAGUUUCCUUUUAGUAUAAUAAUAAAUGAAACACUAACAGCUAGAAUUUGUUUUGGUACUCUUAAAGUUGGUAUUGGGUGUUAGCAAUCAUUGAAAUUGGUUACUUAAGUAGCAAGUCCAGCAUUGAAAUUAUUUACUUAAGUAACAAGCCCCGUUAAGUAACAAGUGCAGUCCUCUGUGUAUUUAGUCAAAGUUAGGCCUACUGUGUUCAAUGGGGCUUAUUCCCUUCUUGUGUGUUCAGGUUUGCAAGCAUAAACACCUCAAUCUUCCUGUGGAGUCAUAUUAUAGUUGUAGGUCUUUAUACGUGUUUCCUUUCUUUCAGACACCGCUGAAAAAGACCAAUGCUCUUAUUGCAGAGAUGGGGAUAACCUUCUCAAAUGCAGUAAGUACCGAAUCAGGCUGUGCUGUUGAAAAUACUGCCAUUUUUACCGCUGAGUUUAUUGUAUCAUUCUCACAAGAAAACCUAAAAAGGGAAGAAGAAAUGGACCCAAGGGAUGAAUCGACACAUUGUUUAUUAAAGGCAUAGAGAGACCUGGAAGAACUGUUACCUUGGUGCUCCACUGUUUCUCCAUGGUAUAGCAUUCAGGUGGUGACUUUUGCUGUUUCUUAGAUAGCAAUUUUAAGUCAACUGGGAGUUGGAGCAUCUUUCUUAUGAAGAAGAGUCAUUCUCAAACGGGGUUACCUCCUGAGUGCUACAAAGUACAGAAAAUGGCUGGUGAUGCCACCUUAGUCUUCUCUGGUAUUGCUCUAUGUUUUCCAUCUUUUGUUUUCAACCAGAGGGACAGCAUAAUGUUUCCCAGAAUCCCGGUUUGUUUUCUAGCUGGAAAUGCAACAGAGUGCUCUGUCAGCUCCUAGUUGGGAUUCAGCAUUGCCAUGUUAGGAUCUCUGAUUUCCAUCUGUUUCAAAGUCUACUUGAUAAUCUUUACAUUAAUAAUGGACAACCUGUGUCUAUAUGCUAGAGUCCCCUUCCUGCUGUCAGGAGUGGCUGUGGUGAUACUUUGGCUAUAAACAAAGGUUGAUAUCUGAUUUGAGUCUUGGUUAGCUUUAGAUUACUUUCAGUUUCUGCAGCCUGAAGAUGUGCACAGGAGUCCUGAAGAGGUCGGGUCAUUUACUUGCAUUGUGAUCCUUGCGCUGCAUGGCUGGUUUAAGGUGGCCAGCCCUGGGGUGGACUGGUUAGAAGAGUCUGAAUAUCUCCCUAGGAGAGGUGUAAUGACACUGAGUUUAAAGAAAGAGGUUGUUUUGAAAAAGCCCUACCAUUCUAGUCAACUACACUUUGAAGCAUCACAUUCUGGGGCAGGAUAUUUCAGCGUGCAUGGUGGCAACCCAAUUCAAAGCUUUUCUGGGUCCAUUUCAGUCUAACUCAUAACGUGGUUUCUGGACUAAAACAGCUUUGAUCACCCUGGUAGAAAAUUUGCCCAGGAGCUCGUUGAAAAGUAUCUUCCUUUUGAUUUUGCCGGAUUCCUCAGUGCCCAUCAACCAUGGUAUCCUUUUCAACUGUUAAGCAGGUAUGAGAUUUGGAAGCAGAUUUCUGAUAGUUCCCGCCCUUUCGAGUGCAAAGGGGUGUGUGGAUUGCUACUUGACAUCUUGAUGUUUGGCUUAUGCUAUAUAACGUCUACAAGAAACUGCCGUCUUGAAUAUAUCAAUGAUACGGUAGUCUAACACCCACUACAUGGGGCUGUCUUUGAAAAGCCUUCUCAAUAAGUUGAGGCCAUAGGGCUGAUGAAACAAUCAACUAUUCAAAUGAUUGCUUUUUAUGAGGCUGCUGUAUGCUACCUUGGGCAAUUUAGAAAUUAAGUUGAAGAGGCAGGAAAUUUAUUGCUCUUACAGCUAGGCAAGUAACCAUUUAUUUGCUCCCUGCCAAUAAGAUACAGAUCUUUCUAAUUUGCUUGCAGGUUAGUUUCAGGUGAAUAGUGUAAAGAUUUUAAGGGAUUUGCAUACUAAACAUUUCAUAGACAGAAAUCUUGAGUGUUAUUAAUUAUAUUGUAGAUAUUUCUGACAAUAUGCAACUUGAUUUUCUCCCCAUGUUCUUUUAACUUCUUCAGUAUGUGCCCAGUGCGUUGUGCUGUCCCAGUAGAGCAAGCAUCUUGACAGGAAAAUAUCCACACAACCACCAUGUGGUCAAUAACACACUGGAGGGAAACUGCAGUAGCAAAUCCUGGCAGAAGAUUCAGGAACCAUUUACCUUUCCUGCCAUCCUCAAGUCCAUGUGCGGCUACCAGACGUUCUUUGCUGGGAAAUACUUGAACGAGGUACAGUUUUGUGUGUGCUGUGCAUAUAUAUCUUGCAUGAAUGAUCAGUCUUAAAAUGCUUCUGCGUGUAUCGAGACUUUACUAAAAAAACCCCUCAAAAGUAGCAGUUUGUGUGAAAGGGAGGUUAGGAUAUGCAGUGAGCAGGAGUAGUUUGUUAAGCAUAAUAAAGCUGACUUUUAUUGCAUACAGAUGUCUGCUCUGAAACACUUGCAUUACAGCUCUCACUUGUAAGCACUCUUAGGUGGCUGUUUCACCAGAAUUGCCUUUUUCCAAGCAAAUGGAUCUGCUUUUAGUGGUAAAGCUCUGUGAUAGAGCUGGUGCCAUCUAGCAUGGUGUGAUCAGGCACAGUUGGUGUAUCAUGUACAAAAUCUACAAGAGACAGUGUAAUAAAUUGAAGACACUCUUGCAACUAAACAAAGGCUAGGUUGCUGCAUUAGCCACCUGUGGAGCCGCAAGACGACUUCCCCCCUCUUCACUCUUUGUGUGCCCCCACCAAACUUUCUAGAGCAGUUUUGUCCUGGAAUGAAGGAAGAAGAGAGGAAGUCUUGUCACACAGGCUGAAGUCCUUAUACUAAUGGGACACAACCCAGUUUCUGUAUGAGUGAACUUGCAACCGUAAGCAAUCCCUUCCCAUACCCUUGUUUAAAAUCCAUGAUUCCCAGGAUAAGAUGAAUUUGGAACCCUACUCAGGUCCUCAGGCAAUAGCCAUCCAUAGGUUAGACCAGCCUUUCUCAACCUUGAGUCCACAUAUGUUGUGGACUACAGCUCCCAUCUUCUCUGACCCCUCAUCCUGAUAGCUAGGGAUGAUGGGUGUUGUAGUCCAACAACUUCUGGGGACCCAAGGUUGAGAAAGGCUGGGUCAGGCGAAGGCUUUCUGGUUGGGAUAAUUAUAAUACUAAUGACUUGCUUAAUAUUGGAUUCUUUUCAUUUGCAGUAUGGAGCAGAAGAUGCAGGAGGAAUCGGUCAUGUUCCUCCUGGAUGGAGUUUUUGGUAUGCAUUGGUAAGUGUCCGUUAAAUAUCUACAGUUCGCGUUAUAUGUUUUACCAUCCUAUAAUACGCCAAGCUCUUAAUUCUUGAAACUGAAACGAUGGGGGCCCUUCAGAAAUAAAAAUAAUUAACAUGGGACCUUGCAGCCUUUAACAUUGGCCUUUUAUUCCUGCCAUCAUUCUAGCAGACCAUCUGCAUACCUGUACUUCAUAAUACAGUGGUACCUCAGGUUAAGUACUUAAUUCAUUCCGGAGGUCCGUUCUUAACCUGAAACUGUUCUUAACCUGAAGCACCACUUUAGCUAAUGGGGCCUCCUGCUGCCACUGCGCCGCCGGAGCACGAUUUCUGUUCUCAUCCUGAAGCAAAGUUCUUAACCUGAAGCACUAUUUCUGGGUUAGCGAAGUCUGUAACCUGAAGCGUAUGUAACCCGAAGCGUAUGUAACCGGAGGUACCACUGUAUUAAGGAGUUUAGAAGAAGAAGAAGAAGAAACACUAACCCUGAAACAAGUAAACUGAUCAAUCACUGCAGUAGAAUUCCCACAAGAGGAGUCGUAGCAUGGUGGCCACUAGUGGGAGUUUAACAGAGAAAGUUCUCAAAACUCAAAUGCCAUGUUAGCCACUAACUCACCACUGUAGCCUUAGGCAUUCCAUGAUUUUCCCUCUCAGCCCCUCCAUGUGCAAUAUAGGCCUGGUUCUGUUGUAUAGCGUUGCAAAGAUUACUGAGAAGGUAUGUGAAGCAUUUUAAGCCCUGCGCCAUAUGAUUCUUUAUUUAUUUAUUACCAGUGUGUUAGUUUGGUAAGUCUUACUGGGAUUUAAAUUUAUCUCAUUGUGACUGGGGACAAGUAACAUUCUAACAACAAACCCCUUGGAUGUCUCCUUUUGAAUAUAUAAAGUGGCUUUUGUUUUCUUCCGCAGGAAAAAAAUUCCAAGUAUUAUAAUUACACACUUUCAGUAAAUGGAAAAGCGCGGAGGCAUGGUGAGAACUACAGCGUUGAUUACCUGACAGAUGUACUGGUAAGGAUUUCUCAGCAAUUAGGUGUUUAGCAAGAUGAAUUCUUGCUUGAUUCCAAGACUGUAUCGGGUCGAACUCCUAGUAUAAUUCUGAAGCAAAGGUAAAAUCCUGAGUGUAAAUGAACACUGGGUGUCCUGCAGCGCAAAGCAUUUAAAUGUACCUUAAAUGUACUUUCUAGAAAGGCACCAAAACUGCCCAGCUAUAACACAGAUUGUUGUUGUUUUUUAAUUGAUAACCGUGAGGUAAUAGAAAAUUUUAUAUUUAUUUUUUAAAAAAUAAAAAAUUGUAAGCCUUGUUAGGAUUAAUUGUCAUUCAGUUAUUUUGGUCAACCAUUUUGAACCCAGGACAAGUCCUCAAACUAGUUAUGCCCCAGUAACCAGUUUGUUAAUAGCUAUCAGGAUGACAGUUGGAAAAAGCAAGAGAAGGUUAAAAUGCAGAGCUGUGAUAAUAAGAUUAAAUUAUAAUGAGAUUAAAGGUCACAGUUAAACGGGAUGACUAACCUGUGUUACAAAGAUGAUUUUAUUUUUAGCAAUGCUCAAAAACAUGUACGCUAAAUGUUUUUACAAUACCAAACCCUUCGUGUUUCAUGCUACGGUCUUUGGGAUUGGGGUGUGGCUCAGUUGCAGAGCACAUUUUCCAUAGGAAAGAUCCCAUAUUUAAUCUUCAGCAUCUCCAUGUAGUUGCUGGGAGAGAUCCCCGUCUGAAGUCCUGGAGGGCUGCUGCCAGUGAUUUGUUGUUGUUUAGUCGUUUAGUCGUGUUCGACUCUUCGUGACCCAAUGGACCAGAGCACGCCAGGCACUCCUGUCUUCCACUGCCUUCCGCAGUUUGGUCAAACUCAUGCUGGUAGCUUCAAGAACACUGUCCAGCCAUCUCGUCCUCUGUUGUCCCCUUCUCCUUGUGCCCUCAAUCUUUCCCAACAUCAGGGUCUUUUCCAGGGAGUCUUCUCUUCUCAUGAGGUGGCCAAAGUAUUGGAGCCUCAGCUUCAGGAUCUGUCCUUCCAGUGAGCACUCAGGGCUGAUUUCCUUCAGAAUGGAUAGGUUUGAUCCUCCUGCAGUCCAUGGGACUCUCAAGAGUCUCCUCCAACACCAUAAUUCAAAAGCAUCAAUUCUUCGGCGAUCAGCCUUCUUUAUGGUCCAGCUUUCACUUCCAUACAUCACUACUGCCAGUGAUAGAAUCGUAGAAUUGUAGAGUUGAAAGGGAUUCACAGGCUCAUUUAGUCUAGUCCCCUGCAAUGCAGGACUGCAGAGUAGGCAAUACAGUCCAACAUGGACCAGUGGUCUGACCAUUGGUAUAAGGCAACUUCCUAAAAUAAUAGCAAUGCAUUGUUGGACAAGAAUGGCUGCCCAUAGUGGUAUAGCAUAAGUUUGAAGCAAUGGGUUUAUCAGAUUUUCCUCCUUUUUGUGUCUGGACACUAGCAUGGCAUCACAUGUUAGACCUAAAGAACUCUGGUACUUACUUUAAUAAAAUAAGAAAUAAAUAUUCCCUGCCUCUCACAUAGAAUUUAACUUCUGCUCAAAGGAAAAUACAAAAGAAAGGAACAGUUGAAAUACAUGUAACUCUUCCAGUGCAACAGGGAUUUGUAAUUUUGGAGUCUCUUGAGAGAAUCUGUAUCUGAUUACUUGGACAGCAUUAAAAUAGAAUUAGCUUCAAGUUCAUAAUUAUUAUUAUUAUAAUUAUUUUCAGGCCAACAUGUCCUUGGAUUUUCUGGAAUAUAAAUCCAACUUUGAGCCAUUCUUCAUGAUGAUAGCAACUCCUGCACCCCACUCACCUUGGAUAGCUGCUCCUCAGUACAAGAAAAGCUUUCAGAAUGUCAGCGCUCCGAGAAACAGUAAUUUCAAUAUUCAUGGAAAGGUAUGGAUUAUCUAUUACAAGCGUGUUAAUUGGUGAUUGCUAGAUAUAAUGAAUUAAUCUUCAUUUGAGCUUUUAAAACAGCUGAUCACCAUGGGAAUCUGUCAUGAGAACCUGCCAUGUGAUCAAGGCAUCAAAGUAUGCAGGUGGAAGUUGCAGGUCUACAGGGGGUGAACUUGAUUUCUCUACAAAAUGCAGAAAUUUCUGGCGAGUGUGAUGAGAGUGUUUAGGCUAAGUCAGCUCCUCUGCCGUUCAUAAUUUUGUUUAGUUUCCUGUUUGUAUCUUUCAAUAUGUGCAGCCCUUAUAUUGCCUCUCAAUGUGUGAAUUGUACUCUUGUGAUUACCGUAUUUUUUGCUCUAUAAGACUCACUUUUUCCCUCCUAAAAAGUAAGGGGAAAUGUGUGUGCGUCUUAUGGAACGAAUGCAGGCUGCGCAGCUAUCCCUGAAGCCAAAACAGCAAGAGGGAUUGCUGCUUUCACUGCGCAGCGAUCCCUCUUGCUGUUCUGGCUUCUGAAAUUCAGAAUUAUUUUUUUUCUUGUUUUCCUCCUCCAAAAACUAGGUGCGUCUUGUGGUCUGGUGCGUCUUAUAGAGCGAAAAAUACGGUCGUUGUCUGUUCUUUGGAAAUAAGCUUAGUUGUUGUUGUUUCAACAAGUGUAUAUAGGGUUGGCACUAUUUAAAAUCAAUGGGUCCUUUUCAGUCUUCUGACUCAAGAUGAAAGUAUUCAAGCAUCCUCUAUUUGCCUUUCUAACUUAUAAUGAAACUCUGCCAGAAUAGUUGUCAUUUCUAAGGAGCUUCAGAGAGUGCUUUAGUGACCAAUUAGCCUACAUACACAAACACACACACGGGGGGGGGGGGGAUUGGGGCAUCUAGAUCUUCAGAAUCUGACAUUGUUGCAUCUGUGGCUCGAAGAUUGCUAAGUAGUGGUCUCAGGAAUUUAUAUCAAUAAAAUGGUGCCUAGGAGUACUGUGUUCACAGUGGUGAAUGUAUAGUCAGCACCGAUCUAUUGCAGCUAAGAUUCUAACUCCCACUUAUGUUACAUUACUCAUCAAAGUGCCUUAGAACUAUUUGUCCUUCAGUUGCUGUUGCUGCAUAGGCUCCUAUCUUGGACAGGCUGUGUUCUACUGUAUAGUAAAAUGCGUUGGAACGUGGUUAGGCAAGCAAUGACGCACAGUUCUUUUCAAAAAAUAGUCAUUCACGUUGUCAACCCAGAUUAGACUGGAGCUAUUUGUGCUGUUUCUGAAUAAAGGUGAAGGCCAUGCAGCUCUCAGCCUCAUCGGAUGAGAAUUAUGAAGGAGAUUUCGUCAGCACUUACUGUAGUCUGUUUCUCUACUUCUCCAGUUCAAGGUCCUGUUUGUUUUUUAAAGUCUGAGCAAUCUCUCAAACGUUCUUGUUCCUCCUUGUGGCCCAAGAGCAUCUUGUGUUCUGGCAGUAUGUUUUCAUUAAAGCAAAACCUUGUUAGAUUCCAUUUUAGGAGAAGCUUGCGUACAUAGCAAUAGGAAACUGACUGCAGAGUCCAUGAAUAGAGUCAUCUGUUAAUGGAAGAGGAUAAGAGGCUAUGUUUGGCAACUUCCCCCUCUCCCUGCUGCCCCAGCGCACCUUGAAGAUUUGCUCCGGAAAGUUGGGGAACCCUCCAGAACAGGGUGAAAGGUGGUAUCUGGCUGCACGGGGAAGGAUGAAUUGACAAAAAUCACUUUCCUUUCUCUUCUGUUAGCAGACCUAUCCAAUCCAUCAAAAAUCUUUCCAUGAGCAAAAAGGCACCAAUUGGAUUAUAUCCCGUAUCAUUCUGGAAAAUUGUGCUGCUAAUGUUAUAUUGGUUUCUAACGAAAUUAUUACGAAAUAAUUAACCAGUGAGCCUGAUCAAAUGCCAAAUAUGACAGCAUCUUUCUAUAUAAGACAAAAGUUCCUGAAAUUAAUUUAUGACACCAAGAAAGCUAAAGGGAAAUAGUUCCAACUUAUAAGACUACAAUCCUAUAUCCACUUAUCGAUGAGUAAGCGCCAUUGAACUCAAUGGGAUUUACUUCACAGUAGACAUGGAUAGGAUUGCACAUGUUAUCUGAACUGGAAUAGUUUGGGGUUUUUGUGUCUGUCAUUCCAAAUCCCAGUGGCUUGAGGUGGGUAAAAUGUUGAUCACAAACUGAAAAUUAUGUCGGUUAAACCCAACCUUAGUCCAAAAGGCAAUCCAGAUAAAAUAAUAUCAUUGUUGGCUUUUAAACUGAAUCCUAGUUUGUUCCCUUUUUUAUGUGCUUUAAAUUGUUCUUCACCCUAAGUCUUUGGCAUGAGGCGGUGGGUAAAUCUAAAGUAACAAAUGUUGAUAAUAUGUUUUAUAGGACAAACAUUGGCUCAUCAGGCAAGCAAAGACACCAAUGACUAAUUCAUCAAUACAAUUUCUAGAUGACGCUUUUAGGAAAAGGUAGGAACCUAUACUAAUUUUUUUUAAUGGGAUUUCUUGCAAAACUGAAACGGAGCACACUAUAUAUAUAUAUAUAUAUAUAUAUAUAUAUAUAUAUAUAUAUUAGUUAGCUUUGAAAAUCUACACGAUAUAUUCUUGCUUUGGGUUAUGAAAUAAAUUGCAGUUGGUUGAAGAAAGUUUGGUUACACGAAUGUCACAUCUGUCUCUCCACCUUUUCCUCACCAAAGAUUCCUUUAAACAUCUGGUGUCUUUACAUACCUUCCGUACCAGAGAACAGCUGUUGCUUUUAAGUAGCUGCUGAAAGGGAUAAGCAGAAGUGACUGGCGACCAUUGAAGGUGGCGAAGCAGAGAGAGAGAGAUAGCUUAAAGACAUGGAACACAGGCACAUGCAAACCUGGCUAAUCUCACCUGAUGCUGAAAUAUGCUCUCAUGUUACACUGGCAUGCGCUCAGCCCUUCUCUCUUGUUGCUGGCAUGCACUCACCUACACUCGACUCUUACCCUUUUCUCUCUCUCGUAUAUUUCUCACACACAUGUGAUCAAAGGGAGGUAGGGAGAAAGACAGCCUGGGAAGGAAGAAAUUGUUUCUAAUGUUUGAUGUUUUAUUAUGGUUUUUAUAUGUGCUGGAAGCUGCCCUGAGUGGCUGGGGAAACCCAGCCAGUUGGGUGGAGUAUUAUUAUUAUUAUUAUUAUUAUUAUUAAUGCGUUGCAAUAAAUGAAACCCCUAUCUCAUUGCUUAGCACAGUAAUCAGAGGGUCUGUUGAUGAAGGCAGAGCGGGGAGAAAGUUUCCUUUCCCCAUGAGCAGAUAGGAAUGUUUCUCUGCUGUGUGUUGAGAGAUGAAGUUCCUAUGACAUAGCACAGUUAAGAAGGCAUAGCCACCUCUUAACCAUUAGUGAGCGAGCAGCUGGGAUCAGGAAUAGUCCCCUAUAUGUAAUAGUCCUUUGUGCCACAGAUCCACAGUCAACACCUUCCCUUGUUGGGGGUGGAAGCUGUGCUUGUGUGCAUUGCUCCUCUAAAUGGCUGCAGCGCUUGUGAGUCAAGAGAGCCUUAAGUAAAAGCCCCGAGCAGAGAAGGGAUUUCUCCCUUGCUAAAGCCUCUCUCAGCGGCUCCCUGUGGUCACUUCUGAUCUUCUUCACAUGCGUGCCUGAGAGUGGGUCUUGUGGGUCCACCUGUGCAGCCAGGCAAUGGCUCAAUGGUCAAAGAAUGUUAAGAUGCUGCUAAAAGUGGGUUGGUUGUGAAUGAUGGUUAUGGAUACUUAACUUUCAUGCAAAUUACUGUUUUGGAGGGCUGCGAUUGGCUAGGUAUUGAAAGUCAUCCAAAAAGGAGGCUAAGAGGGGAAUCAUUGGUUCAUAUUAGCCUUACUGAAGGUUAUCUUUUCAAUGGGUAGUGCUUUUAAUAUAUUUUUUUCUGGAGAGGGUGGGGUCGUGCCACCUGGGGCAAAAUGCAUGCACAGCACAUCAGGUUUCACUUUCUGUUGACCAGAAUAGAUUUCAGAGAACAGGGGGCAGAAAAAGAGGUAGUGAAUUAGUUAUGUGUGCAGAUGGAGAGACAAAAAAACCCCGCUUUCUCUCUGUGGCUCUUAAGGGGUUGCUUCCUUUUCUGCCCAUUGCAACCAGCUGCCUCUGGAAUAAGCCAAACUUGCAGUGAGCUGUUAAAUAGUACCUAAGUACCCGGCUGAUGCUUUUACACCCCUCCCAAAGUUGUGAGUCUUGCAGAAUUUUCAAACACUUGCUUGAAUUUGCAUCCCAUGAAAAUGGUGGUUCUCAUUAUCAAACAAACUAGAUCAAGGUAUUGAUUGACAGGACCUUUUAGAAUAGAAAACAGCAGGGCUCAAAAAUGUAAAAAUAUAUAAUAAAAUCUGCUUUGAGUUAUGAAACAUACUCCAUUUCACAUUUGCAUGCACAUACCCUCAUACUUUUAACACACUUAAACUUUCCUGAUUGCAUGCAGAUGGCAGACACUUCUGUCAGUGGAUGAUCUGAUUGAAAAACUGGUGAAGAGGCUGGAAUCUCAUGAAGAGUUGGAUAAUACAUACAUUUUUUACACUUCAGACAAUGGCUUUCAUACAGGUGAAUGUAUUUUAGUUAUAUAUAUAUAUAUUGAAAGGCUGUAAACUUUUAUGCAUGCAUUUGAAACGGCUUCAGAUAAGUGGGAGAAGUGAUGCAAAUUUGUGGUUUUCGAAACUAUUGGCAUCCAAACAUCUUAGUCCUAUAUUCUCUUUGCGGUCACUUCCUGGAAUUUAGCUCUAAGCUAAAAACAAUAUAGGGGUGACCGAAAAUAAAGCGUUUCCCUAAUGAAUAAAUGCAGACCAGCUGGGGAGUGAACAAACACCAAGAGGGAUAAAGCAGAAGUGGCUAAACUGUGACCCACCAAAUAUUAUUAGACUCAAACUCUUAGCAGCCUCAGCCAGCAUGGUCAAUAGUCAGAGAAGGUGGGAGUUGUACUCUACAAACAUCUAGAAGGCCAAAGGUUAGCCCCUCCCUGGGAUAAAAUAACAAAAGCUGUCAAUGCAAUAUAUAUAAUUUCUGUUCUGCAUGUUUCUUAGGUCAGUUUUCAUUGCCUAUUGACAAACGACAGCUCUACGAGUUUGACAUUAAAGUUCCACUGUUGGUGCGAGGACCGGGAAUCAAACCCAACCAAACAAACAAGGUAAAGUUACACUUAAUAAGUGCAAAUACCUGCGACCAUGUUGUUUGAAAGCAGCCUGGCUCCAGAACAUUCGUUGUUUGAACUGGGAAAAGAAUUAAGUAUGAGUGACAUUGGAAAGAGAGAAAAUGUUGAAAAGCGGAAGCAGAAUAUGCAAAGAGAAUUGAGUGGUAAAGCCUUCAGUUGUGUAGAAUGGAAUAGUCAAAAACCUACGAAGAAGUUACUGCUUCUGAAUCGGGCUUGCAAAGAAGCAACAGCAGCUACAAGCCUGUGUGAUUUAAUAUUGUGUGUGUGUUGAAUUGUUACAAAGCUUCUUGCCUAGGCAUUGGCAGUUCUUAGUCACACGAGGGACUGAAUAAAUUUGGUUGUUUACUGGCCUUCUCUAAAUAUUAUGUUGCAACUCAAUCAAUCAAUCAAUCUUUAUUAUGGUCCAGAGACCCAACAAAUUGUUACAAAGCAAUGCACAAUUCAGACAGCCUACCUCCAGAUUAAACAAGCAUUUUGUUUAGACUUAAAGAUAGGGAUCAUUGACAAGGGAGGUCAUGGCGGUCGUGGCUGGAGUAAAGAAGUUGCAUGAUUACCUCUAUGGCCACCACUUCACAAUAAUGGCGUCAUUAGUGGUAAGGUAGCAUCAACUAUGUUGCAACUACAUAAAAGGGUGUGAAAAGUAUUCUGAUGACGUCUAGAAAACUGGAAGGUGGACCAGGACUCACACUAGAGUUGGCGCUUCAUUGCUUCUGCAGACACCCUUUUAAACAUGCGUUCACAUUAAAUAAAUAACUGGUCCGAAAUCAUAGAUUAGCACAGUUGGCCAUAAGGUAAAGGUAAAGGGAACCCUGAUCAUUAGGUCCAGUCAUGGCCGACUCUGGGGUUGCGACGCUCAUCUCGCUUUAUUGGCCGAGGAAGCCGGCGUACAGCUUCCGGGUCAUGUGGCCAGCAUGACUAAGCCGCUUCUGGCGAACCAGAGCAGCACACGGAAACACCGUUUACCUUCCCACUGGAGCAGUACCUAUUUAUCUACUUGCACUUUGACGUGCUUUCAAACUGUUAGGUUGGCAGGAGCAGGGUCCAAGCAAUGGGAACUCACCCCGUCACGGGGAUUUGAACCGCCGACCUUCUGAUCGGCAAGUCCUAGGCUCUGUGUUUUAACCCACAGUGCCACCCGUGUCCCUGGCCAUAAGGUAACACAUUAAUAAAAAUAAUAGUCAAGGUGUGUAUAUUAGAAUGUGGACACCUUUCAUGUUUUCCCCUCUGUCUUCCUUUUUGCUCUUUUGUCUUGCUUAUGGAAUGCAGUGGGAUGGAAGUUCUUAGAGGUUCUCGUGCAAGUUUAGAGGGGAGAAUGCGAGGGAUGGCUCGGAUAAGAAUUGGUUAUUACACAGCAAUGAUCAUUGUAUUUUCUUGUACCCUUUUUAUUGUAAAGCAAAUGUUAAUAACAAGUAAUUGCCAUUUAAUAGCAGAAGGCAGGUAUCAACUAUAGUCCUAGCUUUAAAUGGAAGAUGUGUUGAGUUGGCAGCUCAGUCAGUGCAUGCAGAAAGCUGGCAGGAGGAAAUGGCAAGUGCUGUUUAAACUGCUUCCCCAGAGCUUUAGCAAUAUGUUUCCCCAGCAUUUCAGAGCACAGUGGAAGUCUGUUUAUGUGACAGAAGCAAGUGUAGACUAACAUGCUUGGACCAAUAUGCAGUAGAAAACGUGCGUGUUUCCACUUGGACCAUAAUAGGAAAAUCCAUAAUAUUUUUUUUUAUGUUUCCUGCCUUCUAGAUGCUUGUGGCAAACGUAGAUUUGGGUCCUACUAUUUUAGAUAUUGCAGGCUAUGAUCUAAAUAAAACACAGAUGGAUGGGAUGUCACUACUACCACUACUGGUAAGUACAUUGGUGGGGUUAUUAUUAUUAGGUAUUCUGGUAACUGCUCUAAACAUUGUUCUUCGGUGAUCGUUCUUCCACUCUAGAUUAUGAUGUUCAGCAGUCGUAAUCUCCUGUACCUUGUAGGUAUUUUCACACAGCCCUUGCUGUUGGUAUUGGUAGGAGUGAUAGCUUCAGUGGUAGAGCACAGAAUUUGAACCCAGGAUCUUCUGUAUGCAGACACCCACUAAAACGGAAGGAUCAGGCAGCAUGUGAUGUGAAAGAACAGUGUCUGAGAGGCAUAGAAUAGCUGAUAUCGAGCUAGAUGGACAAAAAAAUAAUACAACCUGGUGUAAAGCAAAUCAGAGUGUAUAUUUAUUGAACACAAGCCAAUUUACUGAUUAAAUAAUAUUGUGAAAUAAUUUGAGUACUGAUGCAGCUUACCUGUAUCUUUUUUAAAAACAAUUGUCUUUAUUUUCUUGGGUUACAAAUUGCACACAUCAUCUCUAUUUUCAUAUCAUAAAGUCCUUUCUGCAGAUCAGUUGUAUUCGAUGCUGUAUAUAUUAUGUUGUUGUAUAUAUUAUAAGGGAAAAAGGAGAAAGAAACAAAACACUUUAUGAUAAGUUCCAGAGGAGCUAAAAGAAAGGAAUGGUGCGUGCUUAUAACAUAUAAACUUAGCAUAGUCCAGGCAUAGGCAAACUCGGCCCUCCAGAUAUUUUUUGGGACUACAGUUCCCAUCAUCCUUGACCACUGGUCCUGUUAGCUAGGGAUGAUGGGAGUUGUAGGCCAAAAACAUCUGAAGGGCUGAGUUUACCUAUGCCUGGCAUAACAUCUCUGAGCUCUGUAGUUGUACCUCCCACAUUUGCGCCAUUUUUAUUGUGAAUCUGGUGGAGAGCACCUAGUGCAUUUAUGGGACACUUUAGCAGUGUGAAAAUUCAUAUAAAUUCUUUCUCAGCAGUUCUUCUAUCUCUAACAUCAGAUACUGAAGAUGACAUCCGCUUUCAGUCAUGAAACUAUAGAGUGCAAGGACUGGGGCUUUCUUCGUGUUUAUACUUAAGUCUCUUUUCAGGCUUAGUCUCCACAGUUCUGAAGGCUAAAAGCUCUUUUUGUUUUAUGAAGCUUCCAUUCUACUCGGUCUGACCCACGCAGUUGUUGACAUUUGCUUUAUUUUAGAGAGGAGAUGCAAAUGUGACCUGGAGAUCAGAUGUUUUGGUUGAGUACCAAGGAGAAGGACACAACAGUAGUGAUCCUACCUGCCCUGCCCUUGGACCUGGUGUCACCGUACGUUGUUCUGUUUUCUUCCAUUUGCUUUUAGAAUCCUUAUCUGAAGAAUGUUGAGAAGCAUGGGGUCGCUGAGGGUUUGUGUGGAAAGAUUAGGAGUGGCAUCUUGUACAUGGGCCCCCAAAAAGGAAGCGUUUAAAAGCAAAUUUGCAGUUGCGUCUAGGACAGUCUGUGGGCUGGGUCUUAACCUACGUCGCUGUCCACUGUCGGUGCUCUGUAUUGUUCAUGUUUAACAAUGGAUGUGUGCCGCAUUGUAACAGAACUUUUGUGUUUAUAGCAUUGUUUUCCAGAUUGUGUCUGUGAAGAUGCAUACAACAAUACAUACGCAUGUGUAAGAACACUCUCUUCUUCAUGGGAUCUGCAGUACUGUGAAUUCGAUGAUCGUGAGGUAAUUGUUUUGUUUUUUGGGUUGUUGUUGGUUUUUUUACAGGACCAUGUUAACUUCAACUCCUGGUGUAUUUAUUCUGUGCAGAUGAGAAUAACAGUUCUAGGAGUUAUUUAUGCAAAUCCCAGAACCUGGUUAACCAAGUAGGUUAAAUUUAGUGUGAUCAGCUAUUUCCCAUUUGACCUGAAAGCUCCCUCACCAGACAGCUGGUUCAGAUAUCUAUAUUUAAUCAUCCUGUUUGUUUUGGGUUUGUAACUUUCGUUUCAGUUAUGCAGUGGGCAAGACUCCCGGGGCUGCUUCUGAUCCCAAACGACAAUUCUAACUCGUUAAAUACUUAGGUGAACUUUGACAAGGGGAACCAUGACCCACUCCUGUAAGAAUUUAUCCCUGUGUCAGUAAAAUGCAAUGCAGGAAGCAACCUUUAGUAGGGGUAUAUAAUUUUGCGGUUCGAAUCGCCGUGACAGGGUGAGCUCCCGUUGCUCUGUUCUGGCUCCUGCCAACCUAGCAGUUUGAAAGCACACCGGUGCAAGUAGAUAAAGAGGUACUGCUGCGGUGGGAAGGUAAACGGCAUUUCCAUGCGCUCUGGUUUCCGUCACAGUGUUCCACUGCGCCAGAAGCAAUUUAGUUAUGCUGGCCACAUGACCUGGAAAGCUGUCUGUGGACAAAUGCUGGCUCCCUUGCCCUGAAAGCAAGAUGAGCGCCACAACUCCAGUUGCCUUUGACUGGAUUUAACCGUCCAGGGGUCCUUUACCUUUUUUACCUUUACCUAUAAUCUUGCUAGUCCAGCACUUACCUUCUGUCUUCUGAAGUAAACUCAGUGUCGGCUCAAGAACUCUGAAAGUUUUCUUUUACAAGCAGAAUCUUGCAAUGAAAAGAUACGUAGAGAAAGCUGUGUGAGUUUGGCUAAAUGAAGCAGGUAGAGGGAUGUGUAAAGAAUAUGACAGCACUGCAUGACAGAGAAUUGCCAUCUUGACAACAGGUCACAGCUUAAGAGAAUAUCAGUUUUAAUAGAAUACUGUUAUUCUGUGUUGUCAUUAUGAAAGUAGUUCUCUUCCUACACUUCUACAGCAAUCAAUCCCUUAUUCCCUCUUCUGACUGUCACUCUGUUUUUAGUUAGAUUCUUCAGAGGGAAGACCCUCUGUUCUUAUUUCUCAACCCAUGAUAUAUAUAUAUAUAUACCCCGCAUCCUAGUGGACAUGGUUAUAUUUUCAGUUGCUUUUAGUAUAGGUUCCUAUAACAUUGGUGCAGAAGUUUAGUACCGUAUUUUUCGCCCUAUAGGAUGCACUUUUCCCCCUCCAACCAACCCCUCUCGCUCUCCAGGCUUCAGGAAGCUAUCCGCAAGCCUUGGGAGCCCGGCGGGAGUUCCUGCCGGGCUCCCAAGGCUUGCGGAUAGCAGCCUGUUCUGGGGGCUGGGGAAGCUCGGGCUUUCCCAGCCCCGCGCCUGGGGGGGGGGGAUUUUUUUUUCUUUAUUUCCCACCCACCCACAAAACUAGGUGCGCCCUAUGGGCCAGUGCGCCCUAUGGGCCGGUGCACCCUAUAGGGCGAAAAAUACGGUAUUUCCUUUUGUGCAGAGCAAUCACACACCAGGUAACUGUGUAAUGGCUAGAAAUGGGUUUUUGGCAUGUUACUCCUUACCUGCAUUGGCAGUGAAUACUGCUCUGUUUGGCUUUAAAGAGCCACUAAUUUUAAUACUAGGAGAAAAGAGACCUGCAUGCAUAGCCUGCUCUGGAUUGUACCCUCAGCUGUAUCUCACUGCUGGAGUGAGCAAACAUUGGGUAAGGUGCUGUUUGCUACAUGCCGCAAGGGAUGUAUGAAAAACAAGGCUGGGGCCGAACAUGAGAGUACGGUUCUUGUUCUAGCAGGUGCGGCUCUAGCAGUAGUUGUUAAUGACGAAUGUAAAACCUAAGGUUUGAUGAACCGGUAGCAUCGUAAAUUGAAACGAGGCAGGCAGCUUGAACACUGAAGAGGGAACACAGGUCUGUAAAAAGAUCCGGGACAAUUGGCUUUGAGAGGAUUUUAGUGACCUACCUCUCCCUUUAGAAGCGAAAUUUAAAUCCCAUUAGUAAGAUGUUGGCUGCAUGAACACUUGCUCAUGAAGCGACAUCUGUCACUCCAUAGAUCAUCAGGGUUGAUUCAGCUGACCUGGCAGGCUAGGCAGGUGUCCCCCUCCCUCCCAAAGCUUGCGCGCUCAGUGGAAGAGGGCGGUCAUCCCACUUGACUGCGCCUCCCAUUUAUCACGAGGGUGAUCCACUAUGAGUGGCAAAACUAGAAGACAAUGGGAAAGCGAUUUGGUUUCUGCUUACUGUCGCACAAACCAAGCUGAAGUUCAGAUGUAUUCCUCCCACAAAAGGAGCUACAGGAUGGGAUCGACAAAUGGAUUUAUCCAUAUGGCAUCUACAGUGGUACCUCGGGUUAAGAUCUUAAUUCGUUCUGGAGGUCCGUUCUUAACCGGAAACUGUUCUUAACCUGAGGUACCACUUUAGCUAAUGGGGCCUCCCGCUGCCGUGCGAUUUCUGUUCUCAUCCUGAAGCAAAGUUCUUAACGCAAGGUACUAUUUCUGGGUUAGUGGAGUCUGUAACCUGAAGCGUCUGUAACCUGAGGUACCACUGUAACAGACCAUGUUAAGAUGUAAUAGCAAUCUUCAUUGUAGUAUCUCUGGCUAUAAAUCCUCCGUUCCAUAUUUAGCCUGUCGUUUGUGUUGUUGUUUUUUAAUGCAGGUGUUUGUUGAAGUUUACAACUUGACUGCAGACCCGCACCAGAUUACCAACAUCGCAAAAACAAUAGAUCAAGAAAUUUUAGAAAAGAUGAACUAUCGGCUAAUGAUGUUGCAGUCCUGUUCUGGAGCAACUUGCCGCACACCAGGGGUAUUUGAUCCAGGGUAAGCCUGCACUUAUUGACCUAUUUCAAUCAUUAUAUGGCUUUGCAACUGUUUUUGAACAGUUCAGGCACAUAGACCUUCCCUCUUGGUCUUUGAGUUACUGUAAGUAAAAUUCAGUUACAAGGUUUUAAAUCGGAAUUCGUGCAAGUGAGGCAAGUCCUUUUAAUAGUGAAGGAUAUCCAACAAAGGAACAUCACCCUGCAGUGAGGCGUGAAGGCUGCUCCCCGAAAAGCCCUUUCCAGCUGGGCUAGGGGGCGUGGCCCAUACUCACCAGUUCCACUAAAGAGGCUCCUCAUGAGGCUGGAGGAACAUCGCCCGGCUAAUGCUUUCUUGAAUUAAUAUGCUGUAAACCACUUUGCCUGUGGGUUAAACCACAGAGCCUAGGACUUGCUGAUCAGAAGGUUGGUGGUUCAAAUCCCCGCGAUGGGGUGAGCUCCCGUUGCUGGGACCCUGCUCCUGCCAACCUAGCAGUUUGAAAGCACGUCAAAGUGCAAGUAGAUAAAUAGGUACCGCUCCAGCGGGAAGGUAAACAGCGUUUCCGUGCACUGCUCUGGUUCGCCAGAAGCGGCUUAGUCAUGCUGGCCACAUGACUGUACGCCGGCUCCCUCAGCCAGUAAAGCGAGAUGAGCGCCGCAACCCCAGAGUCGGCCACGACUGGAGCUAAUGGUCAGGGGUCCCUUUACCUUUACCUUAAACCACUUUGAGAUUUUUAUUAAAAACAUAAAGCGGUAAAGAAAUAUAUAUAUAUACACACACACACACACACACACACACACACACACCGAGACCUGAAUACUAAGAUCAUUUAUCUUGAAUAAAAGGUUUCUCAUUUUUCCUCCCCUUACUUGCACCCAACCUGAUUCUCUAGAGAGGAUUUGGGGGGGGUUGCGGGGGAAGGAGGUUUUCCUUGGUCCAAGCCACAGGCUUUAAAAGAAACCGCUUAUCUGGGCCUAACCAUGAAGUCUUUAAAGCUUAUAUAUAACAAACCCCUUGCUGCAGCUUGCUUGUUAGCAGCUGCUUCAAACACUUUUGAGCUUGGAACUAAACAACGGAAACAGUUGCUUCUUUGAAAAUACUGUGUUCAACUAAAUGCAGCAUCUAUCCAGCCACCAUUCAUUUUAAUGGAGCACGGGGCUCUUGCAUGAAUGUGAUGUAACUAAUACAGCAGAGGUUUCUCUCGAGGAAAAGAUCAGCGAGAGAUUCUGUAACACACAUAGAAUGCUGAUAUUUUUAAAAACUGUAAAUACCAGACUUGACUUGAAAGCACUUGUUUUUCCCUCCUCUUCUCCCAAACUCACCCCUUUCCCUGUAGAUACAAGUUCAACCCACACCUGAUGUUCAGCAAUCAUGGGACUCAGGCUCGCAGACUUUUUACACGGUCCCUGUAGCUGCAGUGACUAGCCUGUUUUGUUAACAUUUCUUCAAAGUGACUGCAGAAUAUCUGCUGAAUCCACUAUGACUACAUCUGAAAGGCAUGAUUGGCGGACUCUGUUUGGAGAAGAUAACCUCCCCAGCUGGUUGUUUUGUGCAAUACGUGCUAACAGACAUGAUCGGUCUAGUUCCCUCAAAAUCUGAUUACCACAUCAAUCUGAAAAUGGCAUCCUGAAGUACAAUGUUGACUUGUGGCCAGGAAUCCCAAUUUGUUUGGUGUUAUGUAAAAAUACCUCAGGUGGAAACUGUGUUAACUGCUUACCUUUGAGAGCUGGUCCUGACGUAAGUUUUUUUGGGGGGAGCAGGGUCAUCCUGGGCCUACCCUGUAGGCAGAGGCCAAAGAUCGCCUCCCUACAGCACUACCGGCUAAGCUUUUUAAGAAGCAGCAUCCUGCUUCUGGGCUGUGUUUAGAAGUCUAGUCAAGUUUUAACCAGGGAGGUUGCCAUUGCUUUUCUUCUCAGCCUUUCAGGACUUGUCUGGAAUUGCUGAUUAGAAUGUAUGUGCCUGUUAGAUUGUCUCAAUAUGUAUUAAUCAACUCUCUUUUCAGAUCAGAACCAAGUAAACCACUAAAUGGAGACACACACACCCCCCCAAAAAAUAGAAAAUACGCUGAAUGUGCCAUUUAUUUUGUAUGGGAGCCACUAAUUUAAGAGUGAUAUUUUAAUUGGAAAAUGUGCAUUCUCAAAAGUACAAUAGAAUCUGAUGUCCCAAUGUAGCAAUAUAUACAGAGGAGAGUAUUUCCAGUGCCUCAUCUGAGAAAGUUGCUUUAGGAUAUAAUGCUUACUGUAUUAGCCCUUUAUGCCACAAAACUGCAAGUCGUAUUUAUUUGAUGCCCAGAAUUGACGCUUCUUAUUCUCGAUUGUCCUAUGCCUGUGAAAUAUAUUGUUAGCACUUGUUGAACGUUUGGUCCUAUUUUUAUUUAAUAUCCAGAGAAGCCGAUCAGACUGUUGCUAGCUGUUAUCGACAUUUGCUUGAAUACCAGACCAGUUCUCUUCAAUUAGCUGACUUAUCACCCAAAGGGCAUAUCUCCUUAAACACUUGAGCAACACAAUGCCCCCAAACAGUUUUGUCCCAAUCGUAUCCACUUAACAAUAGAUAGGAGCAACAAAUAUAAAUGGACCUUUUUUAUAGGAAUGGCCUAUUUGGACAUAUGCCGUGUCAGAUGAUAAAGGCUGAGGUCACAUAAAGAGCAGCAGGGUCAAGGAGGAAUAAGGUGAGAAGGUGGCUUGAGUCAUCCUGGAAGUGGGGGGAGAGCAUGAAAGGAAAUUGCUUCAGAGAUUUAGGCUCCAGCCAAUUUAAACACCUCUGAAAACCAGCAGGGGGGCAUUGCUCGUCAACUUCAGUGAUUUAAAUCAGAGCUAGAAACAUGUCAGUUCUGCUGCAGUUAAAUAUAUUACGUGUUUUUAUUUUCUGUUUGUCAUACAUAACCUUGAGAAAGAUUACUCUUGUCUCCCUGUCUGCAUUUAAUACCUCUAGCUAGAGUGGAUCAGAAUGAGUUCCAACAUAUUUUAGUAGCAAGCUCCUGUACCAUAUUAAGGUUAACUUCUAAUAUAUUCAUUUGUAAUAUUCCGUUUGUGUGGACUUGAGAGUAGGGGGUGGGGGCCUGUAAUCACCUGGAGGUUGUUGGACUCCCAAUUGCCAUCAGUCCCAGCCAUCACAUUCAUCAGUCGGGAAUGAUGGAAGUUCAGUGGUAUCUGGCAGGCCACCGGUUUGCCACCCCUGACUUUAAUAAACAUUUAAGAGUUAAGGUGUUUUACUUGGUCUGAGCAGAAGAUUCUGUGCUGCAUGUCUUAAGCAAUGUUCAUGCUAUCGAAACUAACCAUACAGAAUGAGUGAAACAACUUAGUAGUAGUUUGGUAUAUUUAAUACUAUGAAAUUCACUAGCUGAUUCCUCACAAGGCACUUAUGAACCAGGUAAUAUACAAUAGCAAUUCAGGAAGAAACUUGGGAUCUUGUAAAACACAGAAUGGAAAGAUUUUACUUGUUUUGUUAUUUCUUUAGGUUCUUACUAUUAUUUUAUUUCAGAACAGUGAGCUUGCAUCUCAAAAUGUCUUAAAUGUGAUAACUUCUAACUAUACUAUCCAACGCUGCAUAUCUUCUGUUAAAAAACAAACCACAACUUAUGCAAUUUAUUUUAGUUCACGCAAACUGGACUUUCCCUUUUCCUCCACCUGCAGAACCCUAUACAACCGCAAAAUUUGCUCUGGGUGGGAACUGGGGGAGCUUUGGGGGUGUCAGGGAGAGGAAGUCCGAUCAUGUCUCAAUGCACAAUGUUGGCAUGGGAAAAACAGGCUGCUUUGAACUUGAUGUCAAGUGGAAUUGUAAGAAUGAAAGGACCACGAGAAACCUACUUUUAACCAGUCUUUGCGCCUAAGCAUUUACCUAAAAGUAACACACAGCCCCACACACAGAUCUAAUCACUUCUUUCUGUAAGAUUCUAGCUAUUGUCCAUUUGCACUUUACGAUGAAGACGCUGUCCUCCAACUGUUGGAUACCAACAGAGGCCUUACACAGUAUUAGUUUUAAAGAAAAUGAGACCGUAACAUUCACAUUGCUAAACUGAGAGCUGCUUGGCAGUGAUGUGGGAGCAAACUAUGCAGUAGAAAAUGAAUUUGCCUGGCAAGCCAAUUUGCACACAGUUACUCAUGACAUUGCAUAGCUGCUAUAUAUUGUGAGCAGCAGCCCGGAGUUGACUGGUGGAGUUUUAAUUAGAUUUUUUUUUCACAGCUCACAUCUCUUGUGCAGAGAAAAAAACAACUUCUAGCUCAAUUAACAGAACCUAUCAAUUUUUUUCAGGGCUCGUUAACGUUUCACAGCACUGCCCUAUCAUCUCAGAAGUUUCUGCUAAAAAACAACUCUUGGCCAAAAUGCAAGUUCUUUUAAAAGGCAAGUUAUUCUGGAAGGCUGUCUGUUCAUAUGUAACUCACCAAAUAGACAGUCACUGCAUGUAAUUGCUAGGGUUUUACAAGUGCUUGUACUAGGUAGGUCUUUUUUUUGUACUUAGGCCCCACACCACCAAAUCCAUCCUGAUCAGUACAAAACAAAAACAAAAAACCCCAGUAAAAUGUUUGUAAUGCUGCUCAAAACCAUGGCAUUUUCUGUUCAGUUUUCCUUUAAGUGUUGCUGUAUGACAACUAUGUAUGCUAGUUUUCUUACUCAUGAAUCAUAGCAAUUUUUUUAGAAAGUGCCCUUUGAAGGACCCUGUAUUAUUGCUGCACUUUUCAGUAAUUAAAUUUAUGUACAACAAAAAUAAUUGUUUGUGAUGAACUGAAAUUAAAGGUACACAUAUCUGAA